AUGCCGUCAUUCGAGUACCUCCUAGCCAGAGCUAUUUUUCCAUUGGCAGUCUUUUUUUACGUUGUUUAUCAGUGGUUGAAACAGUUAUGUUCAAGUUGUGAUAGAUAUGGAACUUUAUACGACGAGGUGGAGGAUACUAGUGCUGCUCAAUUAUCGAAUGAAUCCCGUUUGUGGAAUUUGCUAUUGCGAAGAAGAAAUCUGAAACGUAAUUCAGUUGUUGAUUAUCGAAUGGAAACAAGAAUUCAAAAGAAUCGUUUCUAUCCCAAAUUGGACGAUUCUUGGUUUGGGUGUGCAGAGAAGGUUGAAAAGAUUGAGAAAUUGAGAGAUUCGUAUUGGAUUACAAUGAAAAAUUGUGAAAAAAGAGGAAAAGUUAUGUUAUUUGCUCAUGGUGGAGGUUUCAUCUCAGGUAAUCCUUUAGGUUUGGAUGCUCAAUCAAUUAUGUAUGGUAUCGAACAAGUGAACAAAACGUCAAAAGUCAAAUGCUCACACAUAUUGUCAAUUGAGUAUAGAUUAGUUGAAGAUCCAGCUCAUCACGAAAAUAUGGAUAGAAGAAUGUUGACACAUUCGCUAACAGAUCAAUUGGAAGAUUGUAAAGAAUGUUUCAAAUAUUUAAUCGAAGAAAAGGGAAUUCCAGCUCAGGAUAUUAUUUUGACAGGUUUUUCAGCUGGAGCCUGUCACUUGACAAUGAUGGCUUUUCAAUUAAUGAAUUAUGGAGAUUUGAAGGUAUGGCCAGUUCAUUCUAUUGCUCUAUUUUCUCCUCCAUGUGAUACUUCAGCAAAAAUUGUAACUAAGGAAGAGUGGAAAGAGGAAAAUGUAAUUGUUUUGACAAGAGACAUGAUGGAAUUAAUAGAUAGAUGUAUAUCUGAAUCAGAUAGAGACAAUUUCUCAAUAUUAUCCAAUAUGCAACAAUUGGAAUCUCAAGAUUCUGAAAUGUAUUCGAAAUUCUUCAAAUCCAAGUGGAUUAUCAAUUAUAGUAAACAUGAAGAAAUGGCUCCUGGAAUGGAAUAUUUCGUAAAAUUGUUAAAUUCCAAAGUAAGCAAUGUAAACAAGGAUAAAUUAGUGGUCAUUACUGAAGAUUAUCAAUUUCAUUGCUAUCCAGUGGUUCAUUGCUUAAUUCCAGAAAGUAGGAGAACAAUGAUAUCAGUUUUACAACAAUGUUUAAAUCAAUGA